AUGCUUGCGCUAGAUCUUAUUGAGCCAUGCGACUCAGCAUGGGGGUCACCAGUCGUGUUGGUCCCGCAAGGGGACAAGGUACGCUUCUGCGUUGACUAUCGCAAGCUUAAUGCUGUGACCAAGAAAGAUGUCUAUCCGCUGCCAAGGAUAGACGAUACACUUAAUGUGUUUGCCAACAAGAAGUGGUACACGUCGCUCGACGCCAACAAAGGGUUCCAACAGACGGUGUGCGCUAGCACUGCUGUCAUGGACAAGCUUGCCUUCCGCACGCACAUGGGCCUGUUCCGGCCUAAACGUAUGCCCUUUGGAGUUGUCAACGGACCAUCAGUCUUCCAACGGCUCAUGGACAUCAUCCUUGGCAAGAGCAAGUGGAAGCACACCAUUGUAUACAUUGACGAUACCAUCACAUACUCAGACACCUUUGAAGAACACCUGGAGCACCUACGCGAUGUACUACAGCGUAUCAUAGCAUCAGGAAUCACGCUGUCGCUGAAGAAGUCCAACAUAGCGCAGACGUCAAUCAAGGCGCUUGGACACACAAUCAGCAACAUAGGCAUUGGCACCGCGCCGCAUAAUGUUGAAGCUGUCAACAAGUUCCCAACGCCAACCAAUGUGAAAGAACUCCAGCGUUUCCUAGGCAUGGCCGUAUACUACCGACGCUUCAUCAAAGACUUUGCAAAGAUUGCUGCUCCGCUCAACAAACUCAUUAAGAAGGACACCGCAUUCCGGUGGUCACCGCAGGCACAAGACGCCGUUGACACCCUGAAGAAGUGUCUUACAGCUGAACCCGUUCUGGCUCACCCGCAACAAGAUAAACCAUACAUAUUACACACUGACGCCUCCUUGUCGGGCCUAGGAGCCGUUCUCUCUCAAGAAGGAGACGAUGGUCACGAGCAUCCUAUCUGCUAUCUCUCCCGACAACUGCAGCCAGCAGAAAAGAACUACUCCGCUACCGAAAUCGAAUGUUUAGCCGCUGUCUGGGCCAUCAAGAAGCUACAUGCAUACCUGGAUGGAGCGCAGUUCACGCUCAUUACAGACCACACUGCGCUGCAAUGGUUGUUCAAUUUCAAAGGGAACAACCGCCGUCUUGCCAAAUGGAUGCUAGAAUUACAGCAUCACCGACCCAAUAUGAAGAUCAUCUACAGACAGGGGCGCGUCCAUAGCAAUGUUGACCCUCUGUCACGCGCGGCUUUGCCGGUUCCAGAAGAUGAACCUUGUACAAACAACGCCGCCGUUGCACCCCUUGUCGAGGCGGAAGACCAAUUCUUUACUGCUGUGCGCAAACAAGUACCUCACUGCAAGGAUCUUGCGCCAAUCAUUAAAGAACUACCACCACCAUCAAGCGGAGCCGAGACUCCAGCUCACCUUAGCGCUUAUGCGUAUCAUGAUGGAUUACUGUGGAGGCUACACCCAACCACUGGGGCAAAGGCUCUGGCCGUGCCCAGUCCCGCCAACAACACCAACUUGCGCCUGCAGUUGUUGCAGGACUUCCACAAUGCGCCGCUCUCAGGACACCUUGGCGUGUCAAAGACAUUCAAUAGGCUAUCACACAUGUUCUGGUGGCCAAGUAUGUUCAAGGACGUGCAAGACUUUGUGAAGUCAUGCGGAUCAUGUCAGCGCAACAAGGCCAGUAAUCUGCAGAGCGCCGGUCUCCUCCAGCCUCUUGCGAUCCCGCCGCGACGCUGGCACACUGUGAUGAUUGACUUCACAGGCCCCUUCCCAGUAGACAAGAAUGGCAACAACACACUCAUGGUUGUUGUCGACAAGUUCACCAAGCACGCUCACUUUGUGCCAAUGAAGUCAACGGCUACUGCUGUUGACAUAGCAACUCUCUUCUUCCGAGAAGUUGUGCGACUACAUGGAGUUCCAACCGUCAUAGUGUCAGACCGCGACGCUCGAUUCACCUCCCUGUUCUGGAAAGUGCUGUGCAAGAAGAUGGGCACAAAACAAGCCAUGUCAACCGCCUUCCACCCGCAGACAGACGGGCAAACAGAACGUCUGAACCGCGUAGUCAAAGAGAUGAUCCGGCACUACAUCUCAUAUCGACAAGACAACUGGUCAGAACACCUUGAUGCCUUGGAGUACGCGUACAACGAUGCCACGCAUGCGUCAAUGGGCCGCACACCGUUUGAAUUAGAUCUUGGGUACCACCCAACGUCGCCGCUACGCCGCUGGAAUGCUGUGGAUAGCACACCAGCUGCGCUUGAAGACUGCCCGCAAUCUGCAAACAAGUGCAAUUGCUGCCGCUGAUGCUCUUGCUGCUGCUCAGGUAACACAAGCAAAGCAUCACAACAAGCGCAAGUCAGAUAGGGGAUAUAAAGUUGGCGACUAUGUCAAGCUCUCUGCGCGUCACGUCCACCCUGACUUUGACCAAUGUCGCAAGUCACGAAAGUUACUACCAAAGUACUACGGACCGUAUGCUGUGACUGCCAAGGUUGGGCGGAAUAGCUAUCGAUUAAAGCUUCCCGAUAACCUUAAGAUCCACAACGUCAUCAAUAUGCAGCAUCUGGCGCCAUUCCACCAUACGCCUUCCCGCUUUGCGCUACGCCAGGAACCGCCGCCGCCGCCGGUGGAGGUUGAUGGUCAUGACGAGUACGUUGUUGAACGUAUCUUGGAUCAGCGCACACAUAGGAACCAGAAACAGUUCCUGGUCAAGUGGAAAGGGUACGAAGAUCACGACAAUACUUGGUCGCCACUUGAAGACAUCAAAGACACUCAGGCCUAUGAAGACUUCCAGGCCUUGGGUGAUGUUACCGCUUAG